AUGUGUCGGCAGUGGUGGACAGCUGAAAUGAAAGCGGAAAACAUGUCACACGUACAAUUUCUAACUGGUGAAGCUUUAAAAUGGUAUCUGACACAAGUAGAGCACAUAACCACAUGGGCUGCUUUUAAAGCAGCAGUGCGUGCCAGUUAUCCACCACCACCAGAACCUACUCGUACCGGCAUUUUUCAACAAUUAUUAACCCGAAAACAACAUCAUGAUGAGAAAUUUAUUCAGUAUUAUAGUGAUGUUAGAAAAUUAUGUCAUAAAGGCGAUCCGAAAUUAUCAUCUGAACAACAAUUAGAUCUACUUCAAAAUGGUAUGAAAAUCUGUUUAUUAGACAAAAUUAGUGGUCUAGGUGUAGUUACACCUGAAAAAUUAUUGGAAAUAGUACAGCUGUACGAAGCUGAACAGCAAUUAAUUGAUUCUCGUACAUUGCAAGCAACGUCAGAUUCUACUACUCUUGCCUUACAAUCAUCCAUCGUUGAUUCAUUAACGUCGGAAUUUAUCUUAGGCAAUGACUGGCGACAGACACAUACAGUACAUAUUUUAGAUGAUCGCUUAACCCUUCGUCAUCAUGGCUUGCAAACGUUCGUUCAAUUUGAACCUAACGUGUCGGUACCCGUUCGUCUUACAUCUACGACUCAACUACUUCCACGUGAAGAAAAUCUAGUAGCCGUUACGUUGCCGACCUCCAGUGCCGCCACGGUUUAUUUUAAAUCUAAUUCUCAGCUGCAAUUCAAUAAAAACGUUAUGCUAUCGGAUGGUUUAUUGAAUGUUAAGAAUUAUAAAAGUGCUUUAACAGUAUACAAUCCGUCUUCGUUUCCUCGCACAUUACCAACUAACACAGUACUAGGUAAUGCCACGUUUCCCGACACAAGACAAUCUCGAUUUCACCCUGUUACCGAAGUUUCAUCAUUCUUAAGUGCUAUUAAUACGCCUGUCGUGCUUUCGCAAAUUUCUACUGAACCUUCCGUGCUAUCGCCAACACGUCACAUACGGUCACAACAUAAUGCGCUUCUCGAUAAGGUAUCUCGUCUCACCGACCACCUUCAUGCCAAGACUGAUGCCACGAACGUCCAACAGAUCUUGUAUAUGCAUUUACAACUAUUCGACACUAACGCAUCAACCCAGGCUACUAUAAAAACUUUUCAUACUAAAAGUACGGACCAUCAACGACCAAGGAACUCAUUUCGCAAAUGACCUCAUCAUUGCUCUAACCCAAACACUUGGAACCAAGCAUAUCCUCUCCACUGCAUCCCAUCAACAAACAAACGGACAAGUAGAAAGACUAAACACUAGAUUUUGUCUAUACCUAUCAAAAUCCUCUUCAACAAAUCACGGAAACUGGGACCACUAUUUGAAAUACAAAAUUUACGAGUACAAUAAUAUCUAACAUCCCACAACCAACUAUACACCUUACCACAUUCCGUCCAUUCGUCGUCCUCCGCCUCUCGAUCAACGGCAACAUGACACACGGUGGCAGAAAUGAGCUCUCGUUGAGAGAAUGCGCAGCAUACGUCAAGAUUCUCUCGAAAAUUACUUUUGCCAAUCUAUGGUCUAACACACGCAAAGAAGAAGUGGACAACUACUGCAAAUUGGUGUGACGCU